AUGGUUUCGGGGGCAGCCGCGCGCCGUGCUUACGGCGCGCUCCAGCUGCUCCCACCGCGCAGUCUCAGCUCUUCUGGCUCUACCCUAGGCGUCGCUUCGGGUAGACCUCAAAUACCAGAGCUUCUAAAUACUACUAGCACUUUCUCGUCGUUGAGGAUCCUUUCGACUCGGCCGCUCGUUGGUGCGACACCCUCACGUCCUUUCUCUUCGUUUCGGAACGUCCCAGAUCCCCAUCAACCAACAUCCACCGGUAUUAUUGCGGAAGUAUUCACGAAAGCAUUCCAGUCGACGACAAGAAGACGUGGGAUAAUACAAUAUGGCACAACUCGGCCGCUCUCAACGACUACGGUCUUACGGCAGGAAGCACAACGGCCGACAAAAGAGCCUGAAAACACCGAGCAAGCACCGGAGCAGAAUGAUGACACUCACGAGCAUGGCUUUAAGCAGACCGAACGCGCCAAGCAGGCCGCACAGGUCAACAUGAGUGCACGGCUAUCGAAGGAGGGCAAGAGCUCCAACCAGGGCGGGUGGGCCGAGAUUGUGCGUCUUGUCAAGAUUGCUAGGCCUGAGGUCAAGUGGUUGAGCAUAUCGUUCGUCUUCUUGCUCCUCUCGUCCGCAGUCACCAUGUCGAUUCCCUUCUCGGUCGGGCGCAUUCUGGACAUUGCUACCUCCAGCAAGGAUGAGACCACGUUGUUCGGCCUGACUCUGAACCAAUUCUUCAUGGGAUUCGCAGCGUUCAUGACCCUAGGCGCCUGUGCGAAUUUUGGACGUGUCGUGUUGCUGCGGAUCGUUGGUGAAAGGGUUGUCGCCAGACUGAGAUCACAGCUGUACCGCAGGACUUACGUGCAGGAUGCCGAGUUCUUUGACGCCAACAGGGUGGGCGACCUCAUCUCACGCUUGAGCUCCGACACGGUCAUUGUCGGCAAGAGCAUCACGCAGAAUAUCUCUGACGGCCUCAGAGCUAUUGUCAGCGGUGCGACUGGGUUUGCGGCCAUGGCUUGGUUGAGCCCCAAGUUGACAUCUGUGAUACUGUUGAUGUUCCCACCGAUCGCCAUUGGAGCCUUUUUCUACGGCCGCUUCAUCCGUAACAUCAGUCGACAGAUCCAGAAGAAUCUAGGCACCCUCACCAAGAUCGCCGAGGAACGCCUGGGCAACAUCAAGACCAGUCAGGCAUUUGCCGGCGAGAUACAGGAAAUCAAUCGUUACAAUAAGCAAGUCCGGAGGAUCUUCAACUUAGGACGAAAAGAGUCAAUCAUCGCGGCCACUUUCUUCGGAUCGACCGGCUGGGCUGGGAACAUGACCAUCCUCGCGCUGCUCAUCGUGGGUGGCAACCUGGUGCGCUCCGGAGUAAUGACCAUGGGCGAUCUGACGAGCUUCAUGAUGUACACCGUCUUUGCCGGAUCGAGUCUCUUUGGUGUGUCUGGAUUCUACUCUGAACUCAUGAAGGGAGUCGGCGCUGCGUCCCGCUUGUUUGAACUACAAGACAGACACCCUACCAUCCCCGCUACUGUCGGCAAGAAGGUCAUCUCCGCCCAGGGUCCAAUUCGCUUCAAUGGCAUCAGCUUCGCCUAUCCUACACGACCGGCUGUAUCUAUCUUUCGCAACAUCGACUUCGAAAUUCCAUCCGGCAGCAACGUGUGCAUUGUGGGCCCAUCAGGCGGUGGCAAGUCGACUGUGGCCUCCCUGCUUUUGCGCUUCUAUAAUCCUACAACGGGCAGUAUCACCAUAAAUGGUGUAGACAUCAAGGACAUGAAUGUCAAGUCGCUGCGGCGCCGCAUCGGCAUGGUUGCGCAAGAGCCUGUACUCUUCUCAGGCACGGUCGCCGAGAACAUUGCCUACGGCAGGCCAGACGCCUCCCGAACCGAGAUCAUCAUGGCGGCCAGGAAGGCCAACUGUGGCUUCAUCAGCGACUUUCCCGAGGGUCUCGAGACGCAAGUCGGUGCUCGUGGCGCUCAACUGUCGGGUGGCCAGAAGCAGCGCAUUGCUAUUGCUCGAGCGCUCCUGAAAGAUCCGGACAUUCUUAUCCUGGAUGAGGCGACAAGCGCCCUGGAUGCCGAAUCCGAGACCCUCGUGAACUCUGCGCUGGCCAAGCUGCUCGAGGGCCGCAGCACGACCAUCUCGAUCGCACACCGUCUGUCUACCAUCAAACGGUCAGACCGCAUUAUCGUGCUCUCGAGCGAGGGCACUGUGGCGGAGACUGGCAGUUACACCGAGCUGAGCGCCAACCCUGAGAGCGCCUUCAGCAGGCUGAUGGAAUGGCAGAUGAGCGGUGGUGAGAUCCCUGCCGAUCAGCGCCAGGCGAGAAAUUCACCGCACGUCACCGAGACAGAGGAGAUUGAGGACGACCUGGCGGAAGACGAGGUAGAGGACGAGGCGGAACAGGUUCAUGAAAAGAACAGAUAA